UGUUGUCGGCGCGCAUGCUGUGCGAACAGUUCCCGUUCGUGUUGUUGUAGACGUCACUGAGUACGUAGCACGCCGACCACACGCCGCGUAGAAGCCCCGAGGUCCCGAAUCAUCGUUUGCGUCACUACCCACCAGAGGGCGUUACGUAUAACCACAGCGGUCUCAGUGAUACGCAAGCAAACAGACGCGACAGGAUCGUGUGCGAACCGCAGCGAAGAGAAGAGCGAACGGGAAGCGGUUUCUUACAUAUAACGAGCGUGAAGCGCGUGUGAUACGCACGGUAGCUAGCUAGCCUGCGACAUCUACUGCAUCCUGCGAGAAAGACGACACGAGGGACCAACCGCACACCAUGAAGCUAUUCGCGUUACAACUAGUUGUUAUUGUUGCGGCGUGGUGCAGCGUAGGAGCAGCACCCGUACAGAACGGAGAUAACCUGGAGAAUAACCUCGAAGAGUUGAAGAGCGAAGCGUACGCAUCUCAGCAAUCUGAACCGGACGCCCGAGGAUUCGUUCGCUCCCCUCCCCUCUCACUCGCCGAGCUGGCGCUCAUGCAAGACUUGCUAGGCCAGUUGCAGUACGCCGGAGCCAAGCAGGGCCCCUCACGGCUCGACGGCUCGCUAAAGACCAACGGUCAGCUGAACGACGAAUUGACCAGUGGUGUGAGCAAUCAACUCCACGCUCUUGGCCUUGCCGCGCAAGAAGUGCCAUUGUCGUCGCUCGAGAAUGUGGCCGACGAAGUCUCCGACGACGACGGUUGGGGUAUCGCCAGCGACGAGGACACUUACGCGACAGAAGACGAACUGGCGGAAAAAGUACUGAAAUACCUAAAAUCGUUCGAGAUCGACCAGUCCCAGCAGAGUACGCUGCCGAAACUACCGGAUGAGAAAAAGAGCGCAGCAUCACAGGAGUCGGGUGAAGCCAACGAUGACGCUGAGGAGGAUGACGAGGCGGCAAACAGCCUCGCUGACGAUGCAUCCGCUGCUUCCGAGGAAACGAUACCUGACGCCGGUGACGAGCUGGCGGCUGAUGGGGGUCAGAAGGAGAUCAUGAAACCGGUGAUGCAGCUGGAGGAAUCCAAGAAACCAACCACGGCGGCAGAGGCGUACCCAAGCGAAUUGAUGAUGGACGAUGGACGCGACAUCACCGUUAACAACGACUAA